GGGAGGAGGGACUGGGGCUCCUGGAUUCCUGUGUUUCAGGGAGGAAGGACUGGGGCUCCUGGAUUCCUGGGUCUGUGGGAGGAGAGGAGUGUCUGAGGGAGGAGGGGCUGGGGACAAACUUCCAGGUCUCUAGCCUUCCUGGCAACGCCCCCCGAGGCCGGACUUCCAGGAUCCAGCUUCUAUUGAGGAUUUGAUGCGACGGCCUCACGGGGCUUUGGAGGUGAAAGAGGCCCAGAGUAGAGAGGGAGAGAGAGACCGACGGACACGGGAUGGCUACGGGAACGCGCUAUGCCGGGAAGGUGGUGGUUGUGACCGGGGGCGGGCGCGGCAUCGGAGCUGGGAUCGUGCGCGCCUUCGUGGACAGCGGGGCCCGAGUGGUUAUCUGCGACAAGGAUGAGUCCGGGGGUCGGGCCCUGGAGCAGGAGCUCCCUGGAGCUGUCUUUAUCCUCUGUGACGUGACUCAGGAAGAUGAUGUGAAGACCCUGAUUUCUGAGACCAUCCGCCGAUUUGGCCGCCUGGAUUGUGUUGUCAACAACGCUGGCCACCACCCACCCCCACAGAGGCCCGAGGAGACCUCUGCCCAGGGAUUCCGCCAGCUGCUGGAGCUGAACUUGCUGGGGACGUACACCUUGACCAAGGUGAGGGCUGGCAACCCUGACGCCAGGCCCGAGCAGCCUCCUGAUAGGUGGAUUGUGUGA